AUGCUUGCGUGCAGAUCCUUUGUGCUGCUUACGGCUGCUCUUGCUUACAUUGGUGGCACCUCAGCCUCGACCCACGAGAUUGAAGAAGUCAAUCCGAGCACAUCGGCUGGUGAUCACGAGAUUGAAGAAGUCAGUCCAAGGUGGAAGCCGCCUGUUCCCCCUGGGUCGUUAGUGACGAUCCCUCGGCCUCCCACCGUAGACGAGUAUAUCAAGAAGCUCAGCCCCGAACGGAUUGAACAACUGCAUUCCGGCCUCCCCGAGCAUGCUGAUCCCAACCCGUAUCACAGCAUCCCCUUCUACGGUAGAUUGCCCAUCUUCGACCUCAAAUCGCCAAGUAACGUCGUGGAACAGGCUCUCAAGGACUAUCGAAGCGUGCUUAUCAUAGAUGACGCUACAAAGCAAGUUUCACAAGUCAAUUACCAGGCUUUUCGCCUCUCCAAAGUGGCCUUUGACGAUGACAAGGGGGCGCUUUUUCUCCACAGCCUCGAUCUGAAUGUGCACACGCUUCACCGAAAGUACUUUCCGGUGGGUGUCGGCCCGAUUGCCGAGCCAAAGAUGCCUGGACGGGUCGAGAUUGAUCACCUGCCGCAUGUUGGGAACAUCCCUGUCCUGACCUAUGGACACGAUUCGCUCGGUCACAUGUUCUCCGCGGCCAACACUGGCUUGUUCAGAUUCUGGCAUGUUCGCGAAGGUCACGAUCCAGUGCUUGUCAUGCCGCGCACAGCACUGAUUGCUCGGGCCGGUACGAAGACCGAAGACCUCCAGGUCAAUACUGUCUUGACUCUCUAUGGCGCCCUGACGCAGCAGUACAAUCCGGUCAUCGCUUCUCUCAGAUAUGGACGUCCGAUCCCACUUGACGAACGUCACAUGUACAGUCGAUCGAAGCCCGUUCCGCUGCUGCAAUAUCCUCGAUUCGAUACAAGAGCAACGCGCGAGCAGAUGAUACAAGCACUGCAACAGCGCGGACGUUUCCGCUACUACGACAACCAUGCAGCCAGCGACGGUCCGAUCAAAGUCAAACUUUUGAACCACCGAGCUCCUCCAGGCGUACCUAUAGACAUCGCUAUCGAGAAGUUGUCGGGGAGCGAGAUCGCUCAAGAGGGCUUGCUCAAGAAGCUGCGCGCAGUACGCCUGCGGAUGUUAGUAUAG